ACCAAGAUCAACAAAUACGCCUUCAGCGGCGGUCAAGUCAGCGUCGAAGACCACCGCCGUCUCGGCGGAAACCCCGACGUCGACGUCUCCUACGUCUACCUGACCUACUUCGAAGAAGACGACGCUAAGCUCGAGGAGAUCUACAAGUCCUACAAGAGCGGCGAGCUGCUCACCGGUGAACUGAAGAAGAUGGCUAUCGAAACCCUGCAGAAGAACGUGCUGGAGUUCCAGGAGAAGCGCAAGCUAUCCACGGACGAGGUCUUGAACGAGUUCAUGCGCCCCAGGAAGCUGGAGUGGAAGGGCAACCCGAACCCCAUCCCUAAACCUCCUCCUAAGGAGACAACUAAGGGUUCGAAGAAGGAGAAGGACGCCAAGAAGGAGUCUAAAUAG